AUGGCUGGUUCUGGCUUCUGGUAUCGAUUGCGGUGGGGUGAGAGGGGUGGGCUGGUGGGGUGUGGCCCCGGAAACAUGUGCCCUCCCAUUCGUCCGCCAGCCCAGAGUUUGGGGGACCACAGAUACAUGCCAAUUCUGAUUCGGUUCCCAACGUCCCACGACGACAAUGUCCAGGUACUUUGCCCGAACCCAGGCCACCCUCUUCACCCACACAUUUCCCGCCCUUUAACCUGCCUUUCUGUGCUGCACCACCACUCCCGUCUGCCACUAUCAGACGUCUCUCAAGUAUCCCUACUGCCUGGCUACGGCCCCGCGGUCCUCUACCACCGGCAUCAAGUCUCCGUGGGAAACGGAAAUGCGACGGGCGGACCUUUCACCUCUAGAGGUAUCGUCAACUUCCUCUUCUCCGUAAAUGGCCCCUGGGAAACUCCUCUUCCGCUUCCACUUGGGUGGUUUUGUUCUGUCAACCCUAGUCUCCAAGACUGA